GGCCGUGGACAGCGGGGUCGCCUCCAAAAGCACAUCUUCACUAUGCCCGCCUCCAAGAAGAAGCAGCAGCAGCAGCAGGAAAUGGUCCAGGUUGACCGCUCCUCCUCUGCCUCUCCCUUCUGGCGCCCAUCGUCCAAUCCCCCCAAUUCACCCCCGCAUAAGAAGGUCAUCGGCGCAUCCUAUUCACACGCCGACCUACUCAGCUUCAACGCCCUGAAUGUCUCUGGGUCCAGCUCGAGACCACGGACCCCGCCGUCGGCAGGCCACAGUCGCGAGUCAAGCGCUGCCCCGACCCGAACAAGCAGCACCACAUCGCCUCGCCCUGCACGACCAAACUAUAGCAGCUUUCUUCGCGAAACCCAACAUGACUGGAACGACGAGGAAGAGGACGAUGGCGACAUCAUGUUCGAGGACGACGAGGACGAGUUUGGUCUACCGAGCAUCGCAACCAUGCGGAGGAAGGGUCGGCGGAAACAGCCACCAAAGGGGAAGGAUGCAGGAGGGACGAAUAGUAGAGACAGCCAGGGAUCGACGCCAUGGCGAGGGAUAGACAGUGGUGACAUUGCUGAAGAGCGAGGCAUACCCAACUACCCCACGGCAAAGAAGAUUGAAGGAAAGAUACUACGACCCCAAUACCAAGAAAUUCUACGAGACCCCGCAAACUCCUUACACCUCAUAUCGCAUUCUGCUGUACCGCCUAAUGCAUCCGCCAAGCAAAUUGAAGAGCACUCGGCGCGAACCACUAGAAUCAACAAGUUCAAGAGGAUACUACAAGCGAGCACCAUCUCUUUGCCUGACCUGCGAGACUCGGCCUGGUCUGGCGUCCCGUCUGAAGUCCGCGCCAUGACAUGGCAGAUCCUUCUAGGUUAUUUACCCACCAGCAGCGAGCGGAGAGUUGCGACACUAGAGAGAAAAAGACGGGAAUACCUAGACGGCGUACGCCAGGCGUUCGAGCGAAGUGUUUCUAGUAGUACUGGUACCGCUGCAGCAGGCACCCGAGGGCGAGGCCGUGGCCUAGACGAAUCCAUCUGGCAUCAAAUCAGCAUCGACGUACCGCGAACGAACCCUCAUCUUCAACUUUACAGCUACGAGGCGACCCAGAAAUCCUUGGAACGGAUACUCUACCUUUGGGCAAUACGACAUCCAGCAUCAGGCUACGUGCAGGGCAUCAACGACCUUGUUACGCCGUUUUGGCAAGUCUUCCUUGGCGCUUAUAUAUCGGAUCCAGACAUCGAGUCCGGCAUGGACCCAGGCCAAUUACCGAAGCAGGUGUUAGACGCUGUCGAAGCUGACUCGUUUUGGUGUCUCACGAAACUCCUUGACGGCAUACAAGACAACUACAUUGCGCAACAACCGGGCAUUCAACGGCAAGUGACGAGCUUAAGAGACCUCACAACCCGUAUUGAUGAUGGCCUGGCCAGACAUCUGGAAAAUGAAGGUGUGGAGUUCAUACAAUUCAGCUUCCGGUGGAUGAACUGCCUGUUGAUGCGAGAAAUAUCUGUCAAGAACACUAUACGGAUGUGGGACACAUACCUGGCGGAAGAAGAUGGCUUCUCCUCCUUCCACCUCUACGUCUGCGCUGCCUUUCUAGUCAAGUGGUCCGAUCAGCUCCGCAAGAUGGACUUUCAAGAAGUCAUGAUGUUCCUACAAUCACUGCCCACCCGGCAAUGGACCGAGAAAGAUAUCGAACUGCUGUUGAGCGAGGCGUUUAUUUGGCAAAGUUUGUUCAAAGGCAGUGGAGCGCAUUUAAAAAAUACCAGUUCAAGGGGAAGUGGUGUAGGCAUGGGUCCAGAUUACUAAGAAGCGUGCUGCUUAUGUUUGUACAACAGCAAAUGAUUAAGAAACGGCGUGUAUAUAGCUGGCUAAUCCAGGCACCUGAUCUCUGUGC